AUGGCUUGGCCUCGACAAAACCUACAAGCGUUGGCAUACCCUCUCCCGAAACCUGCCAGAGACGUCCACUAUCCCAACCUGCACCGCAACCACAUCCGUCGCCUUCGCACUCACUCCGACAACGCAGCAUGGAAGCAAGACAAAACUAUCGCCGUCCUCCUCGACAAAGAUCUCGAACGACCGGGCGAUCUCGGCUGGUCACUUGACUAUGCGACAGCAUGGUGCUACCGUCACCUCGUCUCCAAUCAACCCGACAUCACCGACACAAUCGACCACAUCCGCGAACUCGAUCACAUCAGUCCGAAGACACCAUACUACAUUUUCAACCACCUCGACCGCGUCCUCUUUGGUGGGAAACUCAAGUUCAUGGUCUAUCUCCGCUGGAAAGCUCUAGCAUCUUGCACGACCGGCAUGACUUCCGCGCCCAACAUUUCUGGCGUCCCGAGGAUAUGCAUCGAUCUCAACCGCACGCCGUUCGAAAACCACGAGCCUCACAUUGAUGACCUCCUCGAAGCAUUGAUCCACCAAAUGAUCCACGCAUACUUCCUCGUCACCUGCGGAUCCCAAAAGAAAUCCGAAACCCCCGACGGCCGGCUGGCAGAUGGGAAACACUUCGGCGUCCUCCUGCUGACCAUCAAAGACAUCACCAAAUCCUGCGCCGACGGUGUGCUGGACCUCAUUUUCCACGCUCACAAACGUCGACAAGUCGAAGGUCCCUUACCCCUCCGCCCUGUCCGCUCACCCUCGUCCCGCGCAUCGUACAUCGCUCUCCACCCCUCAUCCACGUCCGAGACCGGUCCCGCGGCUACGCCCGGUCAUACAAACUGCAUGGCCUCCAACGCCCACAUCAUCUACGCGGCUCUCAAGUCCUGGCAAGUGACCGACUACUCCGUCGCGCUGGACCUCGGUCUCACCUCUCUCCGCGGCGACGAAGUCUACGACUUGAGCACAGACGGCUCACUCGUCAAACAUUCCCGUCUCUCCGCCCCUCCCAGUAACACGUACGUCGAAUUCCUCUGGGACGAAAAGAGAAUCAUGCUCCCUCGGGAGAAAUGUCUCCGCUUCCCCAGCCUCGUCAAACCGAUCAAGAAAAUGGGCCUAUACCAACUCCAAAUCGAGGGCAAAUGUUCGUUCGACACGUUCAAGGCGAUUUACGACUUUGUGCAAAAGGGCGAGUGUCUACCCACCCUCCUCUCCGAAGUCGCCGGCACAUCUUCGACUUCCGCGGACAGUGGCCCACCAGUCUGGAACGUCGACCCCAAAGACAACGACUCGGAAACCCAAUCCAUCCUCGCGGCCAUCAAGACCUUCAAAGUCGCCGAGACGACGAAAUUCACCGAACUGAUGGCGUACAUGAUCAAGAAGUUGUGGAGCAUGAAGUCCACCUCCGACGACCCCAUCGCUGCUCUCCGCGAACUCUACAACGACGAAGGGAAAGAGCGGGAAUUCGUCGUCAACGGCGAGUUGGGUCGGUGGGCGAGGAAGUUCCUCGUGAGGAAGAGCUCUUCAUCUCGCGAUCGUCAUCGUCAUCAUCAUCGGUACGCGAGGGACGGUGUUUCGAAUUAUGCGCUCAUGGCGAUGUGUCGUCCCACAGAACUGAAGGGCUUCUUUAACCGGAAUGCGGCUUUCAAAGAGGAUGUUCUUAUUGCGGAGAAUGAAUUACGUCUCGAUCAGGCGCAUGCGAGAGGCUUGGUGGCGGAGGGGAGUAGUUCGAGUUUGUCGAGUUUGGGAUCGUCGGGGUAUUCUUCUUCUUCUUCUUCUUCGUCGAGGGGAGAUGGCAGACUGGGAUUGGAAGAUGAAUGGAGUCGGUUGCGGUUGGAUGAUGUGAGGGCGAGAUUGGCGCUUGAAAGCGGACGCGGCGGACUGGGGUUCCCGACGAGUGUGGCGGUGAAUUUGUUAUCGCCUAGGAUCGGAGGGUCGCCGAUUGGUGGGAGGGCGGGUGGGUUUGGGGGAGUGUUGGACGAUGCGUAUGCGCAGCAGCGGGCGAUCAAGAGGGAGAGGGAGAGGGAGCGUUUUGUGUUUGAUGGUGGGAAAGGAGGUUGGAGGGAUGAGGUGGGAGAGGAGUGGAGGUUGGGAGACUUGUUUGGUGAUGGGGUUUUGGGGUGGGAGAGGGACAGGGAGAGGGAGAUGGUGUUUGGCGAUAUGUGA